AUGGCCGCCUGCUUCCAACUCGGGGAUGACACUUGUGUUCAUUGUCAAAUCGAAUUUUUUGGCGAAAAGCACGUUGGACAGGUUUUGGGUAGCCUCAGUCUAAGUUCAGGCGGUUGGUCUUCCCUUUGUGUUCCCGACUGCCUUCCUGAUCGUGUUGUUGUUGUUGCUUGCCUUGCGGAGAUGGCCUAUCUUCAUGAUGUUGAUGCACCAGAAAGGAUUUGUGAAGACCUCGAUGAGAGAAUGUACUCUUUGUUCCUUAUUCAUGCGUUCCAGAAACCUAACCCUGAGAUUCAAAGCUUAAUGCAGAGACGAAGACAGUCGGAUACUUUGCCGCUCGACCUCAAGCGUCUGGUGCUUAAGAGGCUUACCGAAAGCGGAAGCCUGGACUAUACGCCUGAUGUGCUUCGAGAGCUCCAGAACAUAAUCGCCGAUGAGCUAGAUCUCGUGGAGUUCAAAACGGGACUGAAGAACUGGGUCCUGAGGAGGCUCCUGUAUCAGUUGAAAGUUUGA